AUGGACCUCCAAAAGUACCCAAUCAUGACAUGUCUCUUCAUUACCGAUAAUGCUCCUCAGAUGGGUGUCGCCUUCCUCCGCGUGUCGCCGCUCGUCAUUUCGUCUGCGUCCCUCAUGUUCAGCUGGGCGCAAGACAUCUCGCUCGGCGCCUUCCUGCAUCCCUCGCUGCGGAAGGAUCCCGCCCACCCGAGCGGCAAGAUCCUACCACGAUUCCUGCCGGCAUUCAUGAAACCGGGAAUUUGGGGCAUUGGAUUAACGUACCCACCAGCCACCGUGCUCUGCCUAGUGAACGGGUUCAGCGGCCAAAGCUCGGAGAUCCGUCAUCUCUACUUCGCCGGUGCGUUGUUCAGCAUCGCUCAUUUCUGCUGGGGGCCGUCCAUGUUUGCCAUUCUGCGACGCAUUCAGGAUCCUACGAUGGCGGGGGUCCCUAACGAGAGCGCCCUCGAGACGUGGUUGCCCCGGCAUCACAGCCGGACGCUCUUGGUGAAUGUGCCAGCGUUCUUGUGUAUUUUUGCGGCCACAGUGGCGACCCUCACGGAGGGGUUGAAGUAA